AUGGUUUAUAUCAAGAAUUGGACGGAUUUCGAGACGGCAACAACGGAUUUAUAUGCUCGAUCACCAUCUAAGGUUCGAUAUUGCGUUAAAUUCGUGCCGAAAUCUGGGGAAUUGGUAUUAAAAGUGACGGAUGAUAUAAAGUGCAUAAAAUAUAAAUCACAUUCAUCAAUAAUCCUAAAUCGAUUUGAAUCAUUAAAUCUUCGUUUGUUAACGCAAAUGACAAAUACCAAAGUAAAGAGAAUACCAGUAUCAUCCACUACGAUAGGAGGUGGAGGAUUGGGUGCGACUAUUAUCGAUACACCUGAAAGAGGAGGUACACCUCUUCCUGAUGAGGUUGCCGUUACCGCUGCUUCUGCCGCGGCAUCUACGACAAUAGCAGGUGGAGAUAAGACGCAAAGUGCACCAGGACAAGGAAAGAGUUCAACAGGUGGAAAGAAAAAGAAGAAGGGAAAGAAAUAG